CAAUGAUCACAUGUUUCCGUUUCCGUAAUAACUACGCGCGAAGUUCGCAUCUGUGUCCGUGCAACUCACUUUGCGUUUCUUAAAGCUUUUUUUAUCAGUCUGGGUAACAUUAUGCCGCGCAGAAUGUAACAUAAAGUAGUGCCAUGUAUGAAUACGAUGAAUUUGAGGAUCUCUACGCAGAUGAGCUCGAACUCGCAGAUGAACUUCACGGAAGUCCACAUCACCCAACAAGUCGAGUGCUAGAGAAACGCAAUGAUGCACACGAGAGUGAUACUCCAUUUUCGGGGAGCACAAAACGAAGUCAGUCUGAAAGCGACUUCGGAACGUACAAGACUCCGACAGUUGAAUCUGCACGAAAGAAGCUUAAGCUUGAUGACGACACACAACAGUCAAGUGGUCUUCCGUCACCUCCGCCGCCGCUGGUCAUUGAUGAAAGGGAUCUCAAUGAGGCUGGACCGUCUGGCCUGUGUUCUUUCUCUGGCCCAGGAGAGUCGGUUACAACAGUGGAUAACUUUGAUGCUUCAGAGCCAGUGUUUACUGAAACAUCCUCUUAUGUUAUGAGUUGUUCUGUCAGAGGUGCUGGUAAUCGUCUUACAUUUCUGGGACUUCGAGAUGAAGACUGGGCCGAUGAUGAAGAGGAGUUGCAUAAUCGAAGUAAGCACAGAGGAAACCUCCUGUCAAGGCCAUUUUGGGACUUGUGGACAGAAGCAAAGGACGAGCUGGAGAAGCGAGAAAAGGCUGAAGCUAAGACAAGUGAAAUUAUAAUAAAUCAUGCACUGGAACAUUUACCUGAAGGUGUUAUACGUGAAAGUGGAUUUGGGGACCCAGAUGACAAAGACCGUAGUGAAGCUGCUCUCUGGGUGGAAAAAUAUCGUCCAAAACGUUUCAUGGAGCUUCUGAGCGAUGAUGGUGUUAACCGGACUCUUCUGCACUGGCUGAAGCUGUGGGACACUGUCGUUUUUGGACGACAACCCAAAAUAAAACGUCUGAAAGAUAAUCAGCAACAGCAACAAAGCAACUUUGUGAGGAAGCUUCUACCUGAGGUCAAUGAGGAACUCGAUGAACACAAAAGACCGCAGCAGAAGGUUGUCCUUUUGUGUGGUCCCCCUGGUCUUGGUAAAACAACGCUUGCUCAUGUGAUAGCCAAACACGCUGGCUACUGCGUGGUCGAAUUAAACGCGAGUGAUGACCGAAGCCCCGAAGUCUUCCGAACUACACUGGAAGCUGCCACUCAAAUGAAAGCAGUUCUCGGUCAGGACCCCCGACCAAAUUGUCUCGUUAUCGACGAAAUUGAUGGUGCGCCUGCACCAUCUAUAAAUGUACUGGUGAACAUGAUCAAGUCUGGUGGCCCUCCAGCUGGUGCAGCAAAAAAGAGGAAGAAAGAGCCCUCUCUUCUUCUACGGCCAGUGAUCUGCAUCUGCAAUGAUUUAUACGUACCAGCUUUGAGGCCUCUGCGGCAGAUUGCCCUAAUUCUGCACUUCCCACAAAUGCACAGAGCGCGUCUUGCAAGCAGACUGUAUGAGAUUAUGAGGCAUGAAAGGAUGAAGGGCGACCAAGCCGCAAUCGUUGCACUUUGCAACAAGGCUGCGAAUGAUGUCCGAUCUUGCCUUUCCACGUUGCAGUUCAUACGUAGCAGAAAGCAACAGCUAACCCUGACAGACAUCGAAACAUUCAAUGUCGGACAGAAGGAUGUACAGCGUGGACUGCUUUCUGUGCUGCAGGAUGUGUUUCAGAAACCUAGGCAACAAAAGAAAGAUUUUGGAAGCUCGUACAGUGAGGAUGUAGCCAACAGCCGAACCAAGGAAGCCCUCAAAUUUGAUUCUCUCGUUCGUUGUGCGCAAGCAUUUGGGGACUACGAAAAAUUAGUUCAGGGCUUGUUUGAUAAUUAUGUCCACAUCAACUUCAAGGACCCUCGCUUUGAAGCAAUACAACUGGGGCCAGAAUGGUUAUGUUUUGUCGAUCAAAUGAUGCAUGUUGUUCAGCACCAUCAGAAUUACAGCCUGUACACAUACCUUCCCUUUGUGGCACCUGCAUUUUUCAGCAGUUUUGCUGUUGUACAGUACACCAAAAUGACAUUUCAGAACUCCUUUAUUGAGGCUAGGAUGAAACGGUCGCAGCUGAAUAACACCUUGAACUCCUUGUCAGCCGAGAUGGCUCCCCAGGUGUCCUGUUUCCUUACCGAGCAAACUAUCACUCUUGAUAUUCUCCCUUGGCUUGUCGUUAUCAUGCAACCAACAAUCCGUCCUGUGAAUGUGCAGUUGUUCAAUGCAGAAGAGCAAAAGCAGCUUCGUCAGGUCAUCUCAGUCAUGCUUUCGUACAACUUGGUAUAUCAACAAGCAAGGAAUGCUGAUGGGAUAUACCAAUAUGCUCUUGAGCCGAACAUAGAAGAUAUUGUGAGGUUUCCAGGGAUUGCCGCACCUCAACCCCUUACGUACGGUACAAAGCAACUGAUAGCUCGUGAGCUCGAGUUAGAAAAAAUGCGAAGAAGUGAUGCGCCAGAAACCUCCACUGGAAGGGUGGCACCGCCAAAGCCUGCCGUUGCCACUACAGUCACCAAGCCACGACCUGCUGUUAAGGAAGAGCCUCUGAAGCCUGCUGUAGACUUCUUCGGAAGGUUAAUACAGAAGAAAGAAGUAGAGUCUACUUCACAGGCAUCAGGGACAGCAUCCAGUCACUCUUCCCAAGUUUGGUACCAGUUCAAGGAGGGAUACAGCAACGCGGUUCGGCGGACAGUACGGAUGAAGGACCUCCUCUGAGGGCAUCAAGGUGUCUCAAUUCGUUAACGGACACGUAAUUUAAGUUUCAACGUGGAAGACUAACAGUGCCACAAAGAAUAAAACGCGGGUGGACGUGCUUUGUUGAAUA